CCGGACCGGCCGCUGCAGUCGCAGCCGGCGCCGAUCCCUCCGCCGAGUCAGCCGCCGGUGCCGGGCGCCCCGCCGUCCGGCGCCGCCCAGCACCCGGUGGGCGGCGACCUGAGCCUGAACCUGCGGCCCGGCUCCAGGACCACCAGUGCGCCCUCUUCUCCGGCCAAGACGCGCGAGAGCCUCUUGCAGAGGGUCCAGAGUUUGACCGGGGCCGCGCGCGACCAGGGGGCGUCCAUCCUGGGAGCGGCGGUGUCCGGCGCCACCCGUGGACCCUCCUUCGCCAAGGAUCGCUGCUUCACCUUGCUGGUGAUCGAUGACCAGAACACCGACUGGAGCAAGUACUACCGCGGAAGGAGGCUUCACGGAGACUUUGAAAUUCGAGUGGAACAGGCGGAGUUUCGCGAGUUAUCUCUGACGGCGAGCGAGGCCGGCACCGUCGUAUCCAUGGCCGUUUAUCGCAACGGAACCAAAGUCAUUCGAUCCUUCAAGCCGGAUUUCGUCCUGAUUCGUCAAAAUCUGAGGGAUGCCGGAGAGGACUAUAAGAAUCUCCUGCUCGGUCUGAUGUACGGUGGUAUUCCAAGCGUGAACAAUCUUACGGCCAUCUACAACUUCCAGGAUAAACCGUGGGUCUUCGCUCAUCUGCUGGGUCUUCAACGCCGCCUGGGCAGAGAAGCCUUCCCGCUCAUCGAGCAGACCUACUAUCCCAACUAUCGCGAAAUGGUGAACGCCUCUCGUUAUCCGGUAGUUGUGAAGCUAGGACACGCUCACGGAGGUAUCGGAAAGGCUCGUGCCGAGAGCAGUCAGGAAUUUCUGGAUUUGGCUUCUUUGGCAGCACUGACGAACACCUAUUGCACCGCAGAGUCUUAUGUGGACACCAAAUAUGACGUUCACGUGCAAAAAAUUGGCAACAAUUACAAGGCUUUUAUGCGCAAGAGUAUCAGCGGAAAUUGGAAGUCCAACACUGGAUCGGCAAUGUUGGAACAACUUGCCGUUACCGAAAGACAUCGUUCAUGGGUGGACCAUGUCGCCCAAUUAUUUGGUGGGUUGGAUAUCUGUGCGAUCGAGCUCUUGGUUGGUAAAGAUGGCCGGGAAUAUAUCAUCGAGGUCAACGAUAGUGCCCUCUCGUUAAUGGGUGAUUCUCAAGAAGAAGAUCGACGUCAUAUUGCCGACCUGGUGACUGCUAAAAUGCAGGUGUAUUGCCGCCCACAGAGUGUUUUAACAAAAACCGCCUCCAGAGGUUCGAUGUCCAGUUCCAGCCAGGUAACGAGUCCAGCGGAAGAACGCACGCCAGUCGCAACGGCACAGAUGGGCUCCCAUAGUAGCAUGAGCUCGGUUGGGAGUAUGGCCAGCAUGGGCUCGACGUCCGUAAGCUCGACGAUGGCUAUCGCGGGUGAAGUCGCCACUUCGGACAGCCACCACCAGUUACAACGACGCGAUUCUCAAGCAUCACAGUCGAGCACCGUGAGCAGUGCACCUUCCGUAGGUCGACGUCCCGAGGAGCCGCCGGUGUCCAGAGUGCCGUUUCAUCGACAAGGCAGCCAAUCGCAGGCUCAAGGUGAAGACAGUGAGGACACGAUGAAGAAUUUGAGGAAAACAUUCGCCGGUAUUUUUGGCGAUAUGUAA